UUUGAGCUUUCUGUCUCCAGUGUCCGCACUCGUCGGAACUUGUCGCAAACGCCAAUUGUCAACCGUUUUUAACAAUGUAAUCCGGGAAUAUUAAUUUCAUUGAUGAUCUGUUAAUGAGAAGAAAUUUUCGUCAUAUCCGUGAAGACGUGGGUUUGAACUAAGUACGCGAUAAUUUGUGUUAUCUAUUAUUCUCCACCAAAUUCGACUAUAAAAGACAAGAACCAUAUUAGAUCCCCCUAGAAUAACAGAGAGUCUUAAAAGAUCACUCCGAAGAUGAAUACUUUACAUCUAAUGUGUUUGGUGGUAUUGUCUCUGGCCUUACUCGGACAUUACAUUUGUUCCUCAGAACCACAACAGUAUUAUGGGGACGGUGACGAAUAUGCAGAGCCAACAGAAGAACAGCGAAUGAUGAUUAACGAUCAAUUCAAAAGACAGCUAUUGAAAAAUUUGAACCAACUCCGAGACAGCGGAAAAUUGAAAAGAUUAAUGGCUCAAAAAAGAUUUUCUUCCGACAGACAAACAAGAGGUGGUGUAGCUCUGUGUUUGUGGAAGGUUUGUCCAGCUGGCCCAUGGCUCGUGCAGAAGUAAAAUUAUCAGGACCGAACCAAAUCCAAGAAUGUCAGUCUAUACAGAGUGCCGCCUUAUUUAUAUUAAAUGUUCCAUUUACACUGUCAACAAUAAACUAUACCAUGUUGCACAA